AAGCAAACGAAUUACUUUGAACUGCGAUUUCUCUUAAUUUUUUUUAGCUCACCACUACGACAUCAGGCCGGCUACCGUAUACCGGUUACGAGCAACAGCAUUGAUCAACCAAGUUGAAAGUUCACCGUCAAAGCUUGUGCUAGUGAAUACCAGAGAAGCUGCGGCAAAAUCACCUGUGAUACAAUCGGUGAAGGUAUUGGCAAAUGGAAGUGCCAUUGUUCAGUUUAUUCCAGCCGAGGAUGCCGAUGUUUUUACGAAUUAUACAGUCGAGUAUCGCGAUGUCUCGAGUUUCGAUCCCUCUUGGAUAAGCCUCGAGUUUGAGUCGGACUCCUCGAGAGAAGUGCUUCUGUCUGGACUUCUGCCGAACAGAACCUACGAGACUCGUCUGUUUGUGAACGGCAACGUUAUUCACGGUCUUUGCUCCAGACAUGUUUUCUUCUCCACGAAUAGCACUGCUCAGCCGCCUGAAGUUUCGAUAGAUCCACAGGAAGAAAUCGUGUUGGAUCCAGAUGUAUCUGAACCAUUUGAAGUGAAAUGCGAUGUCGUGUCGAAUGCUCCCACAACCGUUGAGUGGCUUGUAAAUGGUAAGAUUCGGAGUUAAAA